CACCAAAACUUGUUCUUAAGAUGAUGGAUGUGAAGGGACUCACCAUUUCACAUGUCAAAAGCCAUCUUCAGAUGUAUAGAGGAUCUAGACUCACUUUGGGGAAACCAGAAGAAGAAAGCUCAUCAUCAUCUUCAAUAAGAAGAAGAAGAAGACAAGAGAGUGAAGAAGAUCACUUGUCUUUACACUCAAGGAAUGAUUGUCUUUUGGGUUUUCACUCUUUUCCUCUUUCUUCACAUUCUCCUUCUCUUCUUCUUAGCAGCAGAGGAGGAGGAGGAGGAGGAGGAAGAACAGAGCAGAAGCAGACGACUUCGGACUCUGGUUAUCAUGAUGUUGAUGAUCAUGACUUUCUUCCCAUCUUCAACUUGAACAACAAGACGGUAGAUACGACGACGUUUCCAUCACAUCACCUCCUCCACAAGGAAACAGAGGAGUGGCGGGAACAAGAGCAAGAACAGGAAGAAGGAGGAGAAGAAGAAGAUUUGUCGUUGUCUCUGUCGUUGAAUCAUCAUCAUCACUGGCAAAGCAGCGGAUCAACGGUGAGCGAAACGAGUGAAGCAGCAGUCUCAACUUGUUCUGCACCAUUCGUCUCCAAAGAUUGCUUCGGUUCUUCAAAGAUUGAUCUUAAUCUUAAUCUCUCGAUUUCUCUCCUCGGUAGCUAAUUUAAAAGUAAGCAAAAAUAUUUGUCCUUAUUAGAUUAGUAGGUUCAGUGAAAACUAUUCGGAUGUUUUUUUUUUUUUGAAACUUGGAUUUUUAUGUUUUUCGAGAGAUUCAAAAGUUUAUUAGAAA